AUGAGAAAAUAUACAAUUACUUUAUUAUUAGCUUUGCUUGCAUCUAUUUCAUGUUUAAGCAUAGUUCCCAACUGCACUGAAUACAAUGCAGAUGAUUCAUGUAAAACUUGCAGAGGAGGUUUCUACUUAAAGGAUGGUACUUGCCAUGCUUAAUGCUUAGCCAAUGGUGAAUGCUCUAUCCCUAACUGUACUGAAUAUAAUGAUGAUAAUACUUGUAAGACUUGCAGAGGAGGUUUCUACUUAAAGGAUGGUACUUGUCAUGCUUAAUGUUUAACUAAUGGUGAAUGCUCUAUCCCUAACUGUACUGAAUAUAAUGGUGAUAAUACUUGUAAGACUUGCAGAGGAGGUUUCUAUUUAAAGGACGGUACUUGCCAUGCUUAAUGCUUAGCCAAUGGUGAAUGCUCUAUCGCUAACUGUACUGAAUACAAUGCUGAUAAUACUUGUAAGACUUGCAGAGGAGGUUUCUAUUUAAAGGACGGUACUUGCCAUGCUUAAUGCUUAGCCAAUGGUGAAUGCUCUAUCGCUAACUGUACUGAAUACAAUGCUGAUAAUACUUGUAAGACUUGUAGAGGAGGUUUCUACUUAAAGGAUGGUACUUGUCAUGCUUAAUGUUUAACUAAUGGUGAAUGCUCUAUCCCUAACUGUACUGAAUAUAAUGGUGAUAAUACUUGUAAGACUUGCAGAGGAGGUUUCUAUUUAAAGGACGGUACUUGCCAUGCUUAAUGCUUAGCCAAUGGUGAAUGCUCUAUCGCUAACUGUACUGAAUACAAUGCUGAUAAUACUUGUAAGACUUGUAGAGGAGGUUUCUACUUAAAGGAUGGUACUUGUCAUGCUUAAUGUUUAACUAAUGGUGAAUGCUCUAUCCCUAACUGUACUGAAUAUAAUGCUGAUAAUACUUGUAAGACUUGUAGAGGAGGUUUCUACUUAAAGGAUGGUACUUGCCAUGCUUAAUGCUUAGCCAAUGGUGAAUGCUCUAUCCCUAACUGUACUGAAUAUAAUGAUGAUAAUACUUGUAAGACUUGCAGAGGAGGUUUCUACUUAAAGGAUGGUACUUGUCAUGCUUAAUGUUUAACUAAUGGUGAAUGCUCUAUCCCUAACUGUACUGAAUAUAAUGCUGAUAAUACUUGUAAGACUUGCAGAGGAGGUUUCUAUUUAAAGGACGGUACUUGCCAUGCUUAAUGCUUAGCCAAUGGUGAAUGCUCUAUCGCUAACUGUACUGAAUACAAUGCUGAUAAUACUUGUAAGACUUGUAGAGGAGGUUUCUACUUAAAGGAUGGUACUUGCCAUGCUUAAUGUUUAGCUAAUAGUGAAUGUGAUAUUCCUAACUGCAGUGAACACAAUGCUGAUGGCACUUGUAAAAUUUGCAGAGGAGGUUAUUAUUUAAAAAAUGGUACUUGCCAUUAAUAGUGUUUAAGAAAAUCUGAUAAUUGUUUAGUAAAAUAAACAUCAAAAGAGAAUAAAUGCAUAAAAUGCAAUAAAGGAUUUGUUUUAAAUGAAAAUGGGUUAUGUGAAGAAUAAGAUUUUAUAGUUUCUAUUUUGAAGAAAUUAUAAAUUUAAUUUAGUUGA